AUGUCUUCCAAGGCAGAACUUUUAUUCUUAGAACGCCUUCAACAUAAGGCUCUCGAGUGUCUCGAUACGUUUCCUAGUAAAGUCGUUGAAUUAAAUGAAAUCAUUGAAGAAUUUAUGCCUGAAUCGGCAAGGAAUAAUAGUAAUAAUGCUAACAUAACUCAUCCUAAAGCAAGAUCGGCAUCAACAUUGUCAAGUACCCAAAAUUUUACUACUUAUUAUUCCUUAUUCAUGUGCGAUAGAAAUCGCACGAAACAUGGAAUUUAUAAAAGACGAUAUCGCAGAAUUUACGGUGGUAAUAAUACGAACGUACGUCGAUAUCGUGGAGCCUUUGGUCAAUUAUUGGUAUUUGUCAUUAGUCGAUUAGCUUCCUGUGCCAAACAAAUCUUAUUCACACCGUCUUGUUUCAUAAUUGACAAUGUCAUACCUAUGUUCUUUACAAAAUCAGGGUUUAAAAGCGUACAAUGUGGACCAUCUUCCAAUUGGAACUCAUCCGUAUUAGGGUAUACGACUAACAACGAAAACUAUAACACGAUCGUUGGUAAUUUGAUCAGCAUCAUGCGACCAUCUGCUGUACAAUUAAUCACAGAUAUCACGAUAAUUAAACGUUGGCUGCAGGCCCUUGGCCUAAUCAAAACUUCACUGGAGUCGAUUGAAUUGACUAAUGCAACUCGUACCACCGAAACAAUCGAUUGUUGGUCUUACGAAUUAUACUUUCAUCUGAAAAAUCUUCAAGUUAAAAUGCUACAAGAAAAAGCCAAUGAAAAAGAAUCAAAAGAUUGCAAUGAUAUGACACAUUUAAAUUUGUGGCAUCGUAUGGUCCAACUUCGUAAUAAUUAUAUUAUCCUUUACGAGACAUUGAAUAACAAUGAAAAAAUCUUGAAUCUCUCAUCGAUGGAAGUUACUUGA